AUGCGGGCGGCGGACAAGUCACCAUCGGGCUCGCGACGUCGGGCGACUUCCGGGGCCGCGAGCUGCCUGAUUCGACGUUCAUGUGGACGCCUCUAUUCGCCCAGCUGCACAGCCUGGGGCAGCGGCGCGGCUGGGGCAAGGACGGAUGAGGAUGAGGGUGCGAGUAUAUCUAAUGAGCUCAAGUUUGCCGAGAACCUGGAUGCUGCUGCUAGUCUGGUCUGUAAUGCGCUUGUGCGCCGGCUAGGAAGGACGAUGGCCAUCCCUGUCGAGGAUAUCGAUGUUGGCAAGCCGAUUCAUGCUUAUGGAGUCGAUUCAUUGGUGGCGAUGGAGUUCAGAAAUGAAGACUGUGGGUAUGAGAUUGCCGUGUUGGACAUGAUGGGCAACAAGAGCAUAGAGGCGCUCAGUCGUGAUAUUGCAAAGGGUAGUCCAUUGGAUUCAGACGCGCAUGCGGUCUUUGGAUUUAUCAAAGCCAUGAAAACCUUUUUGGACACUUCCGUCCCGUGGUACAUCCAUGAGCCGCCCCAACUGCAGCCUGAAUUUCGCCAGCUAGUCACAGAAUAUGCCAGGGUCAAGCCGGAGCACGUAGAGGCACACGUCCAAGCAGCCCCUUUCCCCUGCGUGGGCUCUUACCUCUUCGCUGAGCUAGCUCUGUUCAAAUACCCAGCCUAUCCUGCAAUUCUCAACCGCCUGGCGUCCGACCCGUCCAGCGUCUAUCUUGAGGUGGGCUGCGGUCUGGCCCAGGACAUCCGGAAGCUCAUCGCGGACGGCGCCCCGGCUGCCUCGCUGCGUGGAACAGAUCUGCAGGCGGGGCUGAUGGCAUGCGGCCACGACCUCUUCCAUGAUUCGGAGGCGCUGCCCCUGGCUACAGAUGGUUGUGAACUUCAGGGUAAGACAUUCGUGGCGGCUAAUUUCCUCGACGACUCGGACGCCUCGCCGCUGAGGGCUUGGGAGGGUGAGGUGGACUUUGUGCAUGCGAGCAUGUUCCUGCAUUGUUUUGAAUUGCCGACGCAGGUGCGUGCUUGUAAGCGCAUUGUUGCGCUUCUAAGGGCGCGGCCUGGGAGUUUGCUGGUGGGCCGGUCUGGGGGCGUGAGUCUGGCCGCUGGCGGGCCGAGGGAGGAAGAGCCCAAGGGCCCGUUGGGGCGCAUCGGUGGUGUAAAGCGGACGAAUUAUCUGCACGAUGUCGGGAGCUUUAAGUCGAUGUGGGAACAAGUAGGGAGAGAGACAGAGACAAAGUGGGAUGUCAAAGUUGUCGAAGAGGAGAUUGACGAUGCUGGAGGGAGAUAUUUUGCCGACGAGGAGCACCGCUGGUUGAGAUUUGAGGUUGUGAGGUUGUAG